AGCACUUCCACUAAACCAGCCUCUGCCGCCCUGUCUGCGGCGUCGGGGGAUCUCGAUCUAUUCACUGAGCAAACAACAAAGUCCGAAGAGUCGGCAAAGAAACAGCUCUCCAAAGACUCCAUCUUAUCACUGUAUGGCACGGGAACCAUGCAGCAGCAAAACGCUCCGGGCCUGUUCAUGGGGUCGUCCUCUAUGCCAUUUACCACACAGCCAUCGGCUCAUUUUCAAGGCUUUCCGGCCAUGGGAGUUCCUGUGCCUGCAGCAACUGGGAUGAUGGGAAACAUGAUGGGACAGUCGGUGCCAGUCAUGGGACAGAGCACGGGCGUGAUGGUGGGAAUGGGAAUGCCCAAUGGAUUUACUGGUACUGCACAAACUGGUGUGAUGGGACUUCCUCAAAAUGUCGUUGGACCUCAAGGUGGAAUGGUGGGACAGAUGGUCACGCCACAAAAUAAGUACGGAUUGCAACAAAACCAGCAGGCUCAGUGGAACCUCUCCCAGAUGAAUCAGCAAAUGGCCGGGAUGAACCUCAGCAGUUCCAGCAGCGCGAUGGGCUUCGGCCAGCCCCCCAGCACAGCGGCAGGGUGGACCGGAAGCUCCUCUGGUCAGACUCUCAGCACACAGCUGUGGAAAUGAAAGUUGCACUAGACGCCUCGCCCAGAAGAGCCACCUACCAUUCCUUCUUCAGCUGCAUUUACUUCCGCUGUCCCUUCCAUGUACAUACUCUUUUUCUUUGUCCCCAGCUGUUCCGAUUAAGAAUAUAACUGACCGACCGUGUUGUGGUCUAUACUGAUUUAAAUUUGAUGUAGUGACAGGCAGAUCAAGAAUACAUUUGUACGUCAUUGGCAGCGUUUCCAUACCACGCAUACGAGUCCAUAGACCAUGUAUUUAAGAAGCUGCUUAACCACGUACUGAUUCUUUUCUUUUUUCCCUGAAAAUUCUAGAUCAAAUGUUUGCAUAUAAGGGAUGUAGCUAUCAUGUUAGUAAUAUCCAAAACUAUGAACCCUGACCCCCCAAACUACCCAGUAAUCCUGUAGAAGGUACUGUAUGAACAAAUGUUUAAUCAUAUAUAAAUAGAAUGUAAAUGUAUCACUGAGCAAUGUUUUUCUCGUGUAUCAAACGAAUUUUGUUUCAUCAUACAUUUCACUGUGACGUUAUUAUGGUGUGCGUAACAGGGAACGUGGUUAUCGAAAGGAAGGUAAACCUGGAUGUUGCUGUAGUUCUACAAACCAAUAGUUCAUUCUUUUAAAAAUGAGCAUUUGAUCCACUUGAGUUUCCUGCGAUGAAGUACCCGAUCUGGCUCCCGAGGCACGCGCACAGUAUUAACGCUGGGAACCGGCAGCACAACACGUAUACACAAGGUAAACUCCGAGGGAACAGGCAGAAUUUUCCUUGCAGAGAUAUCCAGGUUUAUGACAGUGAUUGUGUUUACAUUUUAUGGUGCCUCGUAAUGAUAAAAUGUUAUUUCCCUAUAUUAAAAGGAUAAAUCCAUAAA